AGAACAAAAGUUACAUUGAUAUGAAAAAAUGAAUGCCCUUUAAAUGCUGUUUAAGUAUUUUUAAAAGUCAAUGAUAAAAUGAGUUUUAUUUUGAUAAAAAGAAUAAAAGGGGAGUACGGACGUGGCUGGGCCACUGGCCAGAUAUUCGUUUUCUGUGUCUCUGCAUCUCUCUAACCUUUUCACCUCCACAUUCACAUUCAUUUUUUUCUUCAAUUUUUCUCAUUUUCUAGUGCUCAUGGCUUCGCCGGUAACUGAUUCCGACGAGCCUCUAACCCCGGCCGGGAGGCUCUUCCUCCAGCCGGAAAUGGACCAAAUAAUCCACUGCGUCAUCGGCUUUAAGAAUCCCCUGGACACCGAAUCGAUCAAGGCGGGGCUCCGAGAUUCAAUCCUCCUCAAACAUCCUAGAUUCUCGAGCCUCAUGGUUCGCGAUCGCCACGGCGUUGAGUACUGGCGGAAGACCUCAAUCGAUUUCGACCGCCACAUAAUCACGAUCGAAUCCCCGAUUACCACCGCCUCUGUUGACGACGAGACCGCCGUCAACGAAUACCUCGCCGAUUUAUCCACGGGCCCUGGGCUGAGCACCGACAAGCCACUUUGGGAAAUUCAAUUACUGAAGGCGCAUAAAUGCGUGGUGUUGCGGAUCCAUCACUGUUUGGGAGAUGGAAUUUCGCUCAUGUCGAUGCUAUUGGCUUGCUGUAGGAAAGUAGACGACGACAACGCCUUGCCGACUAUAGGCUCGGCGAGUAAUCGGACGAAGAGCAAGGAAGGGAAAUUGGAGAGGCGCUGUUUGGGUAGGUUUUGGGGGUUUUUGAAAAUGGUGUGGUUUAGCUUCGUGUAUGUGGUGGAGUUUAUUUUGAGAUGCUUGUGCGUUUGUGAUCGGCAAACGGCUAUUAGUGGCGGCGCUGGAGUUGAGCUUUGGCCUAGAAAACUUGUCACUGCCCGGUUUUGGUUGCGGGACAUGAAAGUCGUCAAGAAAGCUAUUCCAAACGCGACCAUUAAUGAUGUUCUUUUUGGGGUGAUAUCAUCUGGGCUAUCAAGAUACUUGGAUCACCAAGCAACAAAUGUUUUGCAGGAGGGUCUCCAAAUAACAGGGGUAGCCAUGGUGAAUUUAAGAGAACAGCCAGGAGUACAGGAACUAUCCAAUUUAAUGAUGAGAAGCAACAUAGGAUCACGUUGGGGCAAUAAAUUUGGCAUAGUUCUGUUACCUAUUCAAUACCAGAAAAGUGGUACGGAUCCUCUACAGUAUCUCAAAAGAGCUAAGGUGAUGAUUGACAGAAAGAAACAAUCCGCGGAGGCUCAUUUCUCAUAUAGAAUUGGUUAUUUUGUUAUGACCCGUUUGGGAGCAAAGCUAGCAAGCUUGCUUAAUUACAGGAUCGUUUGCAAUACUAGCUUUACAAUCUCCAAUAUAGUUGGACCACAAGAGGAAAUUGCAUUCAGAGGAAACCCCAUAAGUUAUCUAAGAGCUACUUCAUCCGGUCUGCCCCAUGCACUAACCAUGCAUAUGGUGAGCUAUGCUGGAAGAGCCGACAUGCAAAUUUUGGUGGCCAAAGACAUAAUCCCUGACCCAGAAUUUCUUGCCAAGUGCUUCGAGGAGGCCUUGCUUCAAAUGAAGGAAGCAGCCGAAGCUGUCGUCAAAGCCUAGGACUUCCAGAAUGUGUAAAUUUACAGAUGAUAUGCAAGUUUGUCUUUGUUGUACCACUGUACUCAAUGUCAUAUCACAAGCAGAAUAAGCUUAUAAUAUGAUAUGAUAAACAAUUACUUACAAAUGCUCAUAAAAUCUGCAAGUGUGCAUAAAUUUGAAUGCAAUAAAAAAAGUCGCUUUGAUGUCAAAGUUGAAAGUUA